CCACACUGGAAACACACCGGUAACAUUACGACUCCUUAACAAAAUACGCUUACUUAUUUACUUAUUUAUUCGUAACAUCUGCCAAAAGACUUGAUUAGAGCCGAAGUAGCGAUUUCAGACGGUUUUACAACUCUCAGCGAUAAGCCGUAAUGCAAUGUAAUAAAAUAAGAUUGUCGUAAUUUGUUGCAAGGCAUUCGGAGCCCGCAUUGUAUUGGUUAAGGUAAAGCUAUUGUUUGCUACCGUGCAUUCGAGUGCCAUCACACCGAGAACAGAGAAAAGUUUCCCUGUAACCGGAAAGCGAAUUGGAGAAUCGGCAUCGAAAUUAUAUCACGAUGUCGCAUAGUCGAGGUGGAUCGGGUGGGGGGAGAAGAAAUCGAGGCCAAUACUUUGGGCACAAAAAUAGUAAGAUUCUUGUCGGUGACAAAGGGCGCGAGGUACUGGAGAACAUAAAUGAAAACUCUUUAGUGAUAAAGCAAUUUCGAGUAUACGCCGCAGAAUUGGACAGUAAACAUGAUCGUUACGAGGCUGUAGUGAAACUGAGCCGCGACAUCACCAUCGAGAGUAAGAGAAUUAUAUUUCUUCUCCAUACGUUCGACAAGGAGAGCAAACGGGACGCGGUUCUCGGAGAGGCCAAGACUCGGCUCGACGUUCUGGCUAAGACUUUGUUCAAAAGUAUUGCUCAGGAGCUGGAUGGACAGAACCCGUUUCAGUAUUUGCGGGCUUAUACCGCAGGUAUUCAGGAAUAUAUAGAGGCUGUCACCUUUUAUCAAUAUCUUGAGAGCAAUAAGCUGGAUGACUGGAAGGACUUGGAGAGAUCUCUGAUCUACGUUGUUCCUUGCGAAAUAAAAAGUACCCCUUGGGAUCGAGCUCUGGAACCAGCGGCUUACACUUCCAGAGAAAUCAGAACCAUGCUAACGCCACACGAGUAUAUAUUGGGUAUAGCCGAUCUUACUGGAGAGCUAAUGCGAAAGUGUAUAAGCAAUUUGGGAUCAGGUGAUAUAGCCAGCUGUUUCCAAACCUGCAAUUUUGUCAGAAGUAUCUACAUCGGAUUCCUUGGCUGCGUCGGCUCGUCCGGUAAAGAAAUAAAUAGGAAAUUGUACACGUUGAAGCAGAGUUUAAUUAAAAUGGAGAAUGUCUGCUAUACGGUCAAGGUACGGGGCUCCGAGAUACCGAAACACAUGCUUGCCGACGUAGCGAUCGGAGCAUCCAAUGAAUAUGCAGCCGAAGAUGACGAAGGAUAUCAUCCGUUUUAGCCAUUAACAACGCCGAGAUCAGUAAAUGUACCGAAUGGCAUGUCUGCGAACUUUCCCAGUUUUUAAAUAUGUACAAAUAUUGAACUGAACAAUCAAGUGACAAGAAUCUGUAAAGACUUGGCAACAUGGUUAGUAAAAAAUGAUAUUUAUUAUUAAAAUACAUUUGUACAAGUUUUUCACUAGCACCGACAAUUUGAAUACAAGUACAAUAUGAAUUAA